AUGCCUCGAGGGCGGUCAGCCAGGAGCAUCCAUUCCGACAGAAGUGAGACCGACCUUGCCGAGGUGGAGAUGACCAAAUUACAGAGGCAGUUUCGGAUCAUGGAGGGAGACCGGCAGGCGUACACCAUACAGGCACAAGAGCAAAUCCGCACUCAGCGACUAGAGAUAGAGAGGCUCCAGGAGGAGCAGAAGGAGUUGCAAUGCAGACUGAACGUGUCCCAAGGCCAUUCCCUCCAGCAGCAGGAUGUAGCCAUGCGUCGCUUGCUGAACCAGCAGGAUGAGGUCAAUGAGCAGCUGGAGCGACAAGGGGAAACCCUCAGCCAGCUGGAGCAAGAGAUAAUCAAGAUGGAGAAGAAGCUGGCAACGCUGAGGAGAACUGGGAACAUUGUGGAUGCUACACAGAAGUCUGAGGCCUUCGAGAAACAGAAGGCCACCUUGGAGAACAAGCUGCACCAUGCCCUGGUCCAAUUUAAUGAGCAGCUUACCAAGAACGCCCAGCUGAGGGAAGAUCUGGAGGCUCUGCGGUUGCAGUGGAUCUGGUUCCAGCAGCUUCAGUAUAAACUGGACAAGGAGCUGCAGGAGGUCCACAGGGACAUUGGGGAUAUGAUAAACCAGUCCACGGUGACCUAUGAUGCAAGGGUUGAGGCUCAGUCCAAGAUGGUGCAGCUGAAGGAGAAGGCUGACAAGGACCUGGCCCAGUACAGUGAGGAAAUGAAGGAGCUGGAGAGCGUCAUUGCACACGAGCGUCGCCUCAAGGAGUUCAUUAGCACCAAGAGUAAGGAGAGGAGUAGCAGAGAAGACAGCCUGGAUCCCACACACAGGCAAGCAUUAGAGGAGAGGGAACGCAAGAGAGUGGAACCAGGGGAGGAGAUGCUGGACUCUCUGGAGGAGGUCUUUCACAAGAUUCAAAGUGUGACUGGAGAGGAGAAUCUGGACUUGCUUGCAUCUAAAUUCAUCCAGGUUGAGGGUCAAAAUUUUGCCCUGUUCAACUACAUCAUCGAGCAAAACAAUGAAGCCAAGUCGCUGAGGGACCAAAUAGAGCAGAUCCAGCAGGAGAUGGACCAGUUCCAUGCGGAGGAGCAGAGCCAGGAAGCAAAGUACCACAAGCUUUUGAGGGACACUGAUAUUCAGCAGAGGGAAGCAGAGGCACAGGCACAAAGCUAUGAGAGCCAGGCUGUAGCAGCCAACAACAUCUUGGAGCAGAUUAAAACAGGAGUGGAUCGGAUGUUCCGGAAACUGAACUGUGACCUCUCUGCACUCGAGGACAUGCUGGGUUCCUCCACAGAAAUCAAGGACAGCAACAUCAUGACCUACCUAAGCCUAAUAGAGAAAAGGACCAAUGAGCUCCUGAGCACACAGGUUUUACUCAGCUCAAAGACCCUUGACAGCUACGAUCCAAAAGAUGUGGCUCGGAUACUGUUGGGUCAGAGUCUUCACCUUCCAGCACAAAAUAUAUCGAUCCAGUCACCAGCUCCUUGGAAUGACCAUGAGACAGAGGGUUCUCUAGUCACUGAUGAAGAUGAAUGGUCUGUGACGCAGCAAGACCUUCGCCAGAGAAUCAUGAUGGAGGUCCUACAGAAGGAGGCAGCAGCCCAGUCAGUGAGAGAGAAGGAUGAAAAAGGGUUCCGAAUUGGCCUGGCUUCUGGGCACCGGCGGCGUUUGCCGAAGCCCAGCGGGGGGGGUGGCUCAGCGCGCCCUCGCUAA